UAAAAGGGGGAAUAGAGGAAGGAAGCAUGAAAAUGACGGAAUCAGGGGGCGUGUCUGGGUGGUGGUGUGAUUCCCUUACCCCAUUGAAGGUGAUAGUGGAGUCGCUAAGGAUUAUGGCGUGGAACAAAGUGAUGUUCGCAUCCAUCAUGGUCCUCACCACCCUCCCUCUGUCCACCCUGCUAAUCUCCCAAUCCAUCUACACCCACCCCCUCACAUCCCAAAUCCAGCACCUCGAGGCCCUCGCACGCUUCACCUCCACACGCUUCGAGUCCCGCCACGUCUGGCAAGAAUCCCGCCACGAAGCCCUCUCCCUCCUCCGCAUCAAGGCCCUCUUCUCCCUCCCCUCCUACCUCCUCUCCCUCGCCGCCGCCCUCGCAGCCGUCCACUCUACCCUCCUCUCCCUCCACACCACCCCCUCCCUCCACUCCGCCGCCGCCGCCUUCCGCCUCCACUCCGCGCGCCUCCUCGCCACCACCAUCUUCGUCUACGCCAUCCUCUUCGCCUUCUCCCCCCUCCCGCGCUUCCUCGCCUUCCUCUCCCCCUCCCCCGCCACCAGGCUCCUCCUACUCGCCUCCGCCUCCGCCCUCGAGGUCUACCUCAUGGCCGUCAUGAGCGUCGCCCUCGUCGUCUCCGUCGCCGAAGAGAGGUUCGGCUGGGAUGCCAUUCGGGUUGGAUCCGCUCUCAUGGAGGGAAGCCGGGUCCGUGGUUGGGUCCUGUCGGGCCUGUUCGUUUUAGGUUCGAGCCUGAUCGGGUCAAAGCUGGAACACUUGAUGGACGGUCAGGAUUCGAUCGCGGUUAAGGAUAAAGCGGGUCUGAUAGUUUCUUACGGAUUGUUAGUGCUGUGGAGUUACGUUGUUAUCACUGUCUUUUACUGUGACUGUAGAAAACGCCAUCCAAUUAGGGAACCCCAACCAGAUGAUGAUGACCACCCACAACAACAACUCUCUGUAAUAUAAUAUAAUGUAAUUCAACCUCAUGAUCACCUUCUUCCAACUUUAGUUUUUGUAUUUACAGUUUUUCACUAUCUAUGAUCAAGAAAGAUAACAAAAAUAAUUAAAUGUCUUUUACUGGAAUUUUACCUAGAAGAAGUUUCGCGCAAAAUUAUUCAUAA